AUGUGUGGCAUUUGUUGUUCUAUAAGCUUUUCUAUUGAACAUUUUUGCAAAGAUUUGAAAGAGGAUUUAUUGUGUAAUCUUAAACGACGGGGACCCAAUAGUAGUAAACAGUUGUUAAAGUCUGAUGUUAACUACCAGUGUUUAUUUUCUGGUCAUGUCCUUCACUUACGAGGUGUUUUGACUGCCCAGCCUAUGGAAGAUGAAAGAGGUAAUGUGUUCCUGUGGAAUGGAGAAGUCUUUAGUGGGAUAAAGGUUGAAGCUGAAGAGAAUGAUACUCAAGUAAUGUUUAAUUAUCUUUCCUCUUGUAAGAAUGAAUCUGAUAUUUUGUCACUCUUCUCAGAAGUUCAAGGUCCUUGGUCUUUUAUAUAUUAUCAAGCAUCUAGUCAUCAUUUAUGGUUUGGUAGGGAUUUUUUUGGUCGCCGUAGCUUGCUUUGGCACUUUAGUAAUUUGGGCAAGACUUUCUGCCUCUCUUCAGUUGGCACCCAAACAUCUGAAGUGGCCAAUCAGUGGCAGGAAGUUCCAGCAUCCGGAAUAUUCAGAGUUGAUCUCAAAUCUACUUCCAUUUCCAAAUCUGUGGUUUUAAAAUUGUAUCCUUGGAAGUACAUUUCUAAGGGGAACGUUACCAAAGAAUGUGUUGAUAGCCUGACUCAAAUUUCUGCAAACUUGCCGACGUUUGUAUCAGUGGUAACAAAUGAAGCCAAACUAUAUCUAAAAGAACCCAUUGUUCCUUUAAAUAUGACAUUGCCACAAGCUUCAUUUGAUAGUUGUUGCAGUAAUAUUUCCAACAUUUCACAUACAAGAGAGAUACUUCAGGUCUUUCUUACUGAUGGACACAUGAAAGAAGUAGUUCAGCAGUUCAUUGAUGUCCUGAGUAUUGCAGUCAAGAGACGAGUCUUGUGUUUACGUCGGGAUGAAUACCUCACACCCAGUGAAGUUUUGAAAACUUGUGAUAGGAAAGCAAAUGUUGGAAUCCUGUUUUCUGGGGGUAUUGAUUCCAUGGUUAUUGCAACCCUUGCUGACCAUCAUAUUCCUUUAGAUGAACCUAUUGAUCUUCUUAAUGUGGCUUUCAUGACUGAAGAAAAGACCAUACCAACUAGUUUUAACAAGAAAAGGAGAGAACAGAAAAAUUGUGAAACUCCUUCUGAAGAACCUUCUAAAAAUGCUGUUGCUGCUGCUGCUGCUAGUCCUGAUAAACAAUUCAUUGUACCAGAUCGAAUCACUGGAAGAGCAGGACUAAAGGAACUACAAAUGGCUAACCCUUCCCGGAUUUGGAAUUUUGUUGAAAUUAAUGUUUCUGCUGAAGAACUGCAAAAAUUAAGAACAGCCCGAAUUUGCCACUUAGUUCAGCCCUUGGAUACAGUGUUGGAUGAUAGUAUCGGCUGUGCAGUCUGGUUUGCUUCCAGGGGAAUCGGUUGGUUAGCGACCCAGGGCAAAGUGAAGUCCUAUCAAAGCAGUGCAAAGGUAGUUCUUACUGGAAUUGGUGCAGAUGAGCAACUUGCAGGUUAUUCUCGUCAUCGAGUCCGCUUUCAGACCCAUGGGCUGCAAGGAUUGAAUAAGGAAAUCAAGAUGGAACUGGGUAGAAUUUCUUCUAGAAAUCUGGGUCGUGAUGACAGAGUUAUUGGUGAUCAUGGAAAAGAAGCAAGACAGGGAAAGAGAAAGAGAGGGAGAGAGACAUCAGUGUGUGGUUGCACCCCCCCCAACCAGGGACCUGGCCUGCGAACCAGAUUUCCUUUUCUGGAUGAAAAUGUUGUCUCCUUUCUAAAUUCCCUACCAGUUUGGGAAAAGGCAAAUUUAACUUUACCUCGUGGAAUUGGUGAAAAACUGAUUUUGCGUCUUGCAGCAGUGGAACUUGGUCUUACAGCCUCUGCUCUUCUGCCAAAACGGGCCAUGCAGUUUGGAUCCAGGAUUGCAAAAAUGGAAAAGAAUAAUGAGAAGGCAGCUGACAAAUGCGGAAGACUCCAAGUCGUUUCCUUAGAAAAUCUUUCCAUUAAAAAUGAUAUUAAAACAUAAUACUUCACAGUGUAAUAACAUUUGCUAAAUAAUUAUUAUAUAAAAAUAAAACACUGCUGCUCUAUUGUAUAAUGUAGUAAU